AUGAUAGUUGCUGGGCUUUUGGGACGGGUCGAUGUGAAAGCGACUUCAACAGGUUCUGGUGGAAUAACGGCAUUGCCACGAGCGGUUCGACAUGGAACAGCACUCGGAAUAGCCGCACUCUAUCCGAAGACCAUGGAGCCGCUACGCAUUGUUCGCUGUCAUUAA